AUGCAAAGAAUCAAAAGAACCUUUACAUUACAUCAUAUACACAAAAAUCUAAACCAACAAAACCACAUAGAAUAUUGUACGAAUCAGAUAAAGUUGAAAAAAACUUGUUUGAAAUGUGGAGGUAUACUUGGUAGCACGCUUCCAGAAUUGGGUUUGCUAGGCAAAAGUUCUUUAUAUGGGAAGGCUGUUAAAAGGUCUACUGAUGCUGCCUUUGAAGAGGGUAUUGCUUCAGUUCUUUAUGAAUUAAAAGAAAUAACUGUUAUCGAUAUUUUAUUUGGGGAUAAAAUUAUAACUGUGAUUACUGUAAAAGCGCAUAAUUGUCCCAAUGUACUUAUUGAGGCUGUUAUGAGUGGAAAAGAAACAAUUUGUAGAGCUAAUGCUCUUCAGAGAUGUCCUUGUACUUCUGAGUGUUUUAUGUCAAGUCAAAUAGGUACAGAUGUACAUAAAGUUAAAUUCGAAGGUAUUGCCGCUGCUAAAACUGCUGAAAAAUCUGUUUUGAGUAAGGAAACAAGUGUUGCUGCUAUUUUUACUAAUCCAAUAUUUAUUUUGGCCAUAGUAGUAAUGUGUAUAGCUCUUAUACAUUUAAUUAUUUAUUUAAUUUUACCUCAUCGUAGAAAAACAGAAAUGAAGAAAAAACUAAAGUAUAAAAAAUUAUUGAAAUAA